UCCACGCUUAGUUGCGGAGCGACUGUAACACUUACAAAAAUCACGCGGAGGAAAGCAGGACUUCAAAGCGGAGUUAACCGUAAAGUUAACCGGAAAGCGCAAAAAUUAAAAAUAAUUUAUAAAAAAAAAACUUCGCCGUUUUUGGUAUCCAUGAUCGCCCUGGAAAACGCCACUGGCUCGAGAAAUUGAGAUGGCGUCGGAUAAAGGGUACUUUGGAUACAUACGCCGCCUGAUGAUGAUGGUGGGCAUUUGGAGGUUGCUGGACUACCAGACGUCGACCCUGAAGAGACGCAUUUACGAAGUCUACGCAGUUCUGUUUCAGCUGAUCUGCUUGUCGGCCUUGGUGUCCUUGAUAGGAGAGUUACCGAUACUGUUUCGAACAAAUAACGCUACAGCAGCUAUGGACAACAUCGGGAAAAUCAUCGCCACGGUGGUGGUGAUAUUCAAAAUGACAAUGUGGAGGUCUAAUCAGAUGUUGAGGUUGAUGAGGCUCGUACUGCACCAAGACUCCGACAUACGAUUGCAGCCGGAUAGCCAGAUUAAAGCGAUAUAUCAGCGGCACCAAAACUACGACGACAAGUUCAUUUCUCUGAUAGUUUCGUCUGCCGUUAUGAUUGCUGUGUGCGCAGCAGGUUUCGGAGACGUCGAUUGUUACCUAUAUACUAGGCAGUUCAGGAACCUCAACCAGACGCAAAAACCUUUGCCGAUGAACCUCUGGUACCCUUUCGAUCGGAACAGGCAUUACGUAUUCGUGUUAAUUGACCAAAACAUCCGACCUUCGAUGGCCUGUCUGUGUAUCGGGGUGGUCAGCGCCUCCGUCAACUCCGUCAUAGUUUUUCUCAAGCUUCAACUGACGCUGCUUCAGCGUAAUUUCCGGAGCUUUGAUGGAUGCAAGGGGAACGAUUUGAAGGCGCUCUGCGUCGAGCAUCAGAAACUCAUUGAAUUCGUCGCCAUAUUCAACGGCGCCAUGAGAAACAUCAUCUUUUUGGAAUAUACCGUGUCGUCUUUGACAUUUGCUACGGUUAUUUUUCAAAUCACAACGGGCGACCAGUUGGUGUUCAGUUUUACAAUGCUGGCUUAUAUUUCCUUGCAGCUGCUCACGUUUGCCUGGAACUCCAACGAAAUUCUGAUACAGAGCAUCGAGUUAGCCAAAGCUAUCUACGAAAGUAGGUGGUACGAUCAGAGCAAAUCUACGAAGUUGCUGCUGUACACGAUGAUGAUGAGGUGUCAGAAGCCCCUUUGCUUGAGGAUCGGUCUGCUCGGAGUGAUGGAUUUAAACGCUGGUCUCUCGAGAUUGAAGCUGGGGUAUUCCUACACUUCGGUAAUGAAGACAUGAACGUGAUAACGUGCGUUGCUUUUCGUUGGCCGUAAAAACAUUUUGAAAUAGAACAAUUUUCAACCUCAAGUUCCCAUUGAUU